AUGUACUCCAACGAGAGUGCGCCUUACGCGGUCGCCGUGAAGACUUUCAGGAAAGGCACCAACGUUGCCGCUGAUGUGAGGCGAGAAGUGGACGCUUUAGCAAGGAUGAACCAGCUCGAAGAGGACCAUAUCGUUCUUUUCAUGACGUCAUUCCAACGUGGUACGCAAGAGAGCCCAGAAUACUACGUCUUGUUCGAAUGGGCAGAUGGUGGAAACCUCAGCGACUUUUGGAAACAUUACGACCCGGACCGAACGGCCUCACUCUUGAAGUGGGUAAUAGAGCAGUUGUGUGGACUUGCAAAAGCCCUGUCAAGAGCGCACAAUCUUGAGAACGGCGCUUCCUACCGUCACGGCGACAUAAAACCAGGCAAUAUUCUCUGGUUCCGGGGGAGUGCUGAGAGUGGCGAAUACGGUAUUCUCAAGAUAGGCGAUUGGGGCGAGGCAAAGAUUCACGAGGACAUUACUGCUUUGCGCCACGGGGAUACAACUGCCAAGUACGGUUCGCGAAGAUAUGAACCUCCAGAGACCGGCCUGCAGUCGCUGCUACCGGAAGGCUCUCGGCACGUACGUUCUCGGCUAUAUGACGUAUGGGGCAUGGGCUGCAUCAUGCUCGAAUUCACCAUUUGGCUUCUAUACGGCCUUGAAGAGCUUAGCGCGUUCAACAAGAGUAAUUUAGGACACUUCGGUAUUUCAUAUAUGUUUUACGAGAUCAGUGGCGAAAGGGCCGUGAAGAUACAUCGGGCUGUCGAACGCUGGAUGAAGCACAUGGCAAACGACCCCUCAUGUAGCCCAGGUGUAACGGCCCUCGGAGAUCUUCUACAAAUUGUUCGCACAGGUCUUUUGGUCGUCAAGCUUCCCGAAGCCAUCGAUCCAAAACCGCAAGCUGACGUCGAGUUGCCUCCGAACAAGGACAAUGAUAGUCCAUUCAUCAGCGUCACCGAGCCAAACUCCUCGGAUUCGGUCGCGGAUCAUGCACCGACAGAACUGGGGACUAGGUUCCGUGCCACUGACCUUGAGAGGAGUCUGCGUCGAAUGACUAAGAAUGGAGUAGUUGAACGCUACUGGCGCCGAGACCAAAACCCAAGGCCGCCACCAGUAGAAACUGCCGGUUCAGCUGAUCUACUGGCGCCUCCCACUAGGCGAAAGUCCCACGCGACUGGUGCUCGUGUCUCCCCAUACGAUAUGACCGACUAUGCGCACCCAUCUUUGGAUCCAGAGGAGUGGGAGUUUGUACUCGAUAACCAAUUUGUUACGAGGCUAAGUUCCCCGCUGCGGAAUGCCACAACUGUGCUUUCGCAUGAAGCUCCUCUGUCGGCGCAAUCGUGUGGCGUUUGCAAAGAUUUCGAGGCGCGACUGCCAGAUGCAAAUUUUGCAAUUACUUAUGAGACUCAAACACUCCGACAGAACGCACAAGAUGAGCGCUGCAAUCUGUGCCGCCUGAUAUGGCAGACCUGCGGGGACAAGAUACGCGGACAAAGUGAGAGGGUACAGUUCCAAAGGGUGGGUUCUACUCUGCGUAUGACAGGCACGAAGCAGCCGGUACUUACCGUACUACGGAGCGACGGUAAGCCACCGCUCUGA